AUGCAGUAUUUGUCAAUAGUUGUGUUGGUAGCUCUCGUCAGCGUGGCCAUGUGUUUACCUUUGGAGUCAGGGGUUCCAGAUGGCGAGCAAAAAGAAGUGCAGAGCCACAGCUUGCAGAGGAGGUUCGUUAACCCAAUGUUUGUCUUUGGUUCCACGGCAGACAGCGGAUUUCGUCGCAUGAGGACCAAGAGAGAAGCUGACGACAUAUGUGAAAAACUGGCGCUUUGCAAACUGCACGCGAGAUCACGAAGCAAUUUCGUCGCUGCUUUUGAAUUGUACUUUGUCAAUAGGGAGAACGCCAGGCAAUGGGAUCACCAUUCUAGAAGUUUGGAAGACUGCGAAACUCGAUUUGGCGAUUGCUACGAAGAAUAA